AUGGCUUUAUUGCAGGUAUUAGCAUGUGAGAAAUUGCCUUGCAGUGAAAUGGAGGAAGCAGGCGUCAACAUCUUUGUCACUGUUCAGAAGAUCUACUACCCUACACUUUGCAUCAUGGGUAUUCCAGCCAACCUCUUCACAUUCUAUAUGGUUUGCUUCUGUAAAUGUGGGAUGUCCGACACAGCAACCAUUUACCUGAGCUGUCUUGCCAUUGUGGACACAUUCUACCUGGUGUGGGUGAUCCUUCUUGACCUGACCCUCAACUUUUGGCUACUGCGGCCCUUCUGGCAUUCCCAACCCUGGUGUGGCAUCCUGGGAUUCCUGCAGUAUGGAUCACUGUACAGCUCCACCUGGAUAGUGGUGAUAUUCACCAUCGAGCGAUACCUUGUCCUCCGCAGCACAGUAGCCAAGCAGCACUUCUCCCAGCCCUGGGUCACUAAACUGACCUGUAUUGCUGUUGUCCUUGUGUCACAUAUUGUCUCUGUGCCAGUGGGCUGGAUCAAUAAUGUCACACCUGUUUCCUUUCUUGUGGACGGGGAGAAUGUGACACAGCCCAGGUGUCAUUACCGCGAUGAGACCUACACUACUGUUAUAGUGUGGAUAACCAGCUUCCUCUCUGGAGGAAUACCCAUUGUCCUGGUCAUCAUCUUCAACUACCUCAUAGGAUAUCACCUUUGCCGUGCGAGCAACCUCUUCACCAAGGAGGAGCGCCGGGUCAUGCAUGGGAGGAGCACCAGAGGCAUGUUGAGGAGGACCAUUCUGCUGCUGGGCACUGUUUCUGUGACCUUUGUUGUUCUCAGCCUUCCUCGUUUUGUCACAUACUGCAUCCUUAGAACCAAGUACAACAACGAGUAUUUCGACAGGGAUGACUACAGAAUCCCAAUCAAUGUGGCCGGAGACUUAGCCAACAUGCUGCAGAACCUUAACUCUAGCACCAACUUCCUGCUCUACUGUAUGGUCAGCCGGCGCUUUCGACGGGAGCUGGUCCAGGUGGUGACUUGUAAGGCAAAGGUACGUGAGCUGGGCUCUGUUCUCACCCAUACUACCAUGAGAGUUUUCUCAGUUAUGGAUCAUAAGGCCUCACCAUCCAACAACCCUGUGACUGUGAAGCUUGCUAAUUUCAAACAGACAGAGUAGAAAGGAACCAGAAAAAAAUACCAAUAUCACAAUGGGUGUAAUUGUUGGAGACUAAAGGUUUAGUCUUGACCUUGGACAUGUCAUUUUGCAGAAAUAAAAUGGAACCAUGGUAAAUAGACUGGAGACUUCCUAUAUAUAGAGCUUUUCUAGUCACGAAGAACUCAGCGAGGCCAAGGACACCUGGACACACGCACAAGGCAUUCUGAAAUGGAGAUUGAACCACCAACCCUCUAAUAGAUCAUUUAUCCACUCUACCUCCUGAACCACGGCCUCUGCUUACUGCAUAUCCAAGUCCAUGAAAACUACACAAACGCUUUGGAGAAAUCAACUGGUAAAAGUGGUCUCAUAAUUGCUGUUGUAAGCGGAGCUAGCAGAGCAAUUCUCCAGAUUGCAGUGUUGGUUCUUUCAACCACAAGAUUUAAGAACUGUUUGGUGGAUUGCUAUGGAAUCUGGUCUCCAAAGAGUGAAGCCUUAAGAUGUUUGGUUAUUCUCUGACUCUUCAUCUAGCAUUUCUAGCAGGUUCUGUUGUUCAAAACAAUUGUAAUAUUAUUCAUUGUUCCCUGACAAUAUAUUCUAAGGACUUUACUUUUUCACUAUUGCCACAUGAGGUCGACAUCUUUGGUUUUGAGAUAGCUGAUCUCAGAAUCUUGCCUCACACAGAAUUAAUUUUCGAUGUCCUUUGUAUCCCUAAACAUUUAGUCUUUUAUUAUCAUCAUCAGGUAAAAAAUAUGAUUGUUCCACGAGUUUGCUUUGUGAGCGUAUGACCUUCCCAUCAAGCUCAUCUGUAGUUUUUGUGCUGAUGAUGUUUGCAUGCACUUUAAGAUGGUGAUCAUUUUACACUAUGAGGUUAGCAGGCUGUGUUGACUUUUAGUGCGUCCACAUACAACCUCACAGACCUGACCAUAGACUCUUUGUCUCGUAGAUUAUACAACACAUGUAUGAAAUAAAUGCAUGAAAUACGCUUUCAUUGUAACAAUAGAUGUGAUCAAGUAAAAAUCCAUAAAAGCCAUAGGAUGUAAGACUUUGGUAUUUAAUUGUUUUUUCUUAGUCAUGUAGGUCUUGUGGGGAAGUGUGAUAA